AUAAAACCGUCUGCUAGCGCAUUCUUGGGAACUUGGAUGGAAAUUGGACUUCAUACCUGGAUUACAUCGUAUUAGAUAUGAUAUGAUAUCAAAUCAAACAUGCAUGUAAUGAAUAACAUCAAUUGACAAUAAAAUUGUGAUCUUUAUGUGUAGUAUUAUGUAUUUAGUGCAGUUGUAAACCAUACGGUAGAGAAGAUGUAAUUUAAAAAGGAAAAUAUAAGCUUACUAUUGUUUGGGGUCGAAAAGUUUACAUGGCUUCUAGGGGUACUCUGUUUCGUCAUCCAAACAACAAUCAUGUGGAACAUUAUCAUCAAGAAGAACAUCAAAUCAAUGAAAAGGUACCCAAUCAUAAUAAAAUUAUCACAUCAUUAACUGCGGGAGCCAUGGCUGGAGCUGUAGCAAAAACAACAAUAGCACCUCUUGAUAGAACCAAGAUUAAGUUUCAAAUAUCAAACAUACCGUUCUCUUUCCGGGCUGCUAUCAGCUUUUUAGUCAAAACAGUCAAAAAUGAAGGUUUCUUUACAUUGUGGCGUGGAAAUUCAGCCACAAUGGCAAGAAUAAUACCAUACGCUGCCAUUCAAUAUGCUGCCCAUGAACAGUUUAAAAAUUUUCUUAAAGAAGAUGUUACAAAGAAACAUCUUACACCAGGUAGAAGAUUUUUGGCUGGAUCUUUAGCUGGGGUAACAUCUGUAGCAUUUACUUAUCCAUUAGAUAUGGUCAGAGCAAGAAUGGCUGUUACUGCUAAAGAAAUGUAUCAUAAUUUACCAGAAGUAUUCAUGAAGAUAUAUAGAGCUGAAGGCUUUAGAACAUUAUAUAGAGGAUUUACACCAACCAUUCUAGGUUCUAUACCAUACUCAGGAACAAGCUUUUUUACUUAUGAAACUCUUAAAAAAACUCAUGCAGAAUAUGCAAAGGGAAGAGAACCAACUCCAGUAGAGAGAUUAGUUUUUGGUGCUAUUGCUGGUAUAUUAGGUCAAUCAGCAUCCUAUCCUUUAGAUAUUGUCCGAAGAAGAAUGCAAACAGCUGGUGUAACAGGACAUAGUCAUGAUUAUACCAGUAUUAUAUCUACAGCUCGUAAUGUUAUUAAAGAUGAAGGGUUUAAGAGAGGAAUGUAUAAAGGUUUAAGUAUGAACUGGAUAAAAGGACCUAUAGCUGUAGGCGUUAGUUUUACUACAUUUGAUAUCACUCAGCGUUGGUUACGGAAGAAGACUAUAUUUCAUAUUGAUGAAGAGUCCUAAUACCUAAUUUUAUACUAAAUUGUGUAUCACAAGUCAUCUCAGGUUAUGAUAGGUGCUAUAAUAAGAUGUAAGCCAGUUCUUGUGUUGCAAGUGAAAGUGAUUGUUGUUGUGUUGUGUGAGUUUUUAUUUACUAACUAUGAAUGACAUAAUAUCUUGUUGAGUUUUAAUGAGAGGGUACACUUACUUUGAUUAUAGUAUUUACAAAUUAUAUUUACAUAAUAUUACACAUUUUGUCAUAGAGAGAAAUUAUUACGGCAUAAAACAAUUGUGGACAUUAAAUGGAUUUGAGAAUUGCAUUAUUUUAGGUUAUAAAAUGUAUUCUUGUUAACCAUUGGGCACACAAUUAUUUUGACUUGAUCAUUUUCGAAUACUAGACCAGAUGUAUCUUUUAAACAAAAUAUGACUAUUUACUAAAGAUUAUGAAUUAUGCAAUUUUUCUGUUGCAUAUUGAUCUUGGUAGUUUAAGAGUUUAGAGGGUUAAUUUGAUGUACAGAAUGAUUUUAUGUUUUACAGUAUUAUGUAAAGUUUACUCUAAUUACCCAGUAAUUGAGAUCAAAUUGCAUAAUAUACUAUAUUUAUGUGAGGCAUUUGUUCUUGAAAAACAUUUUUUAAAUCCAACCAAACAAAAAAAAAUUUGUGGAUGACUGUGAUUAUGUAACCAGUAGAGUUUUCGAAAUUACACCCCAAAAAUCUCAUAAAAUCGUGCUUUUGAUAUUGAAAUCCUUUAUUGUGUUAAAAUUGAGCCCUGCAAAUUGUUCAAUAGUCUGUUUGUACUUCAUACAUAAUAUGAUUUUUGGUUGAUAGUUAUAAUAUGAAUCAUGUCUAUAUGUGGAAAAGGCAUAAGCGAACUAUUUCACAUGACAUGAAUAUUCAAUGGGGUGCAUGCAUAAUAUUACUUUAGUUGGAUGUAGUUUCCCUCAAUACCAAAACGUUUGCUGCAGAAAAGGAUUUGGGAGUAGAAAUUGAUCCUACUUUUCAAGAAUUCUAGAAUCAAUGUUUAUUUAACCAUAGUAACCAAAUUACAUACUACAGAAGCGCUUAUCUUAUUUCUAAUCAUUUCCGGCAACCUGGUUUGACUUAGUGGACAACGGUUUUAAAAUGUAUUUCAUUUGCAGCACCCUGUUAAGUUAUAUACAUGUUUAUACAAUUUUUAUACGCCCACAUUUUCAUGUGGAAAAUAUAUUGUCGUCGCCCCUGUCCGUCUGCCACAAUUGCUUGUCGACACUCUACAGGUCACAAUUUUUAUCCAAUUUCAACGAAACUUGAAAUAUAGGUUUAUCUGCCUAAGAUCUUGGUUCCUUUCGAUAUUGGCAUGUAUCGGACCGUAACUUUAUAGAUUAUGGCCCCUGAUUGUACGAAAAAUCACGUUUUUAGCUUGUGGACCCUAUAGACUAGUAUAGAGGUCACAAUUUUUAUCUGAUUUUGUUGUAAUUUGAAAUGUAAGUUUAUAACCCAAAGAUCUUGGUUCCUUUCGAUAUUCGCUUAUAUCGGACCGUAACUUCCUGAAUUAUGGCCCCUAAUUGUACGAAAUAUCACCUUUUUUAGCUUGUGUACCCUAUGGAGGUCACAAUUUAAUUUCAAUUUAAAAAACCGUUUGAAUAUAACACCGUUACACAUUAAUGACGGAUGAGUAUAAAUUUCAUGAAAAUUGGACCAAAACUGCCAGAAAAAAUGGCCGCCACUCAUACGCAAACAGUGUAAAAAUAUGUUAUAUCAAGGUUGUGGACCCUCUAGAGCUCACAAUUUUGAUCCGAUUUUGAUGAAACUUGAAAUACAUGUUUAUAACCCAAGAUCUUGGUUCCUUUCGAUAAUUGCGCAUAUCGGAUCGUAACUUCCUGAAUUAUGGCUCUUGACUGUACAAAAAAUCACAUUUUUAGCUUGUGGUCCCUCAAGAGAUCACAAUUAUUAUCUGAUUUAAAAAACUGUUCGAAUAUGUCACUCCCCGCAAAUAGUGUAAACAUCUGGAAUAUCAAGGUUGUGGAACCUCUAGAGGUCACAGUUUUGAUCCGAUUUUGAUGAAACUUGAAAUACAUGUUUAUAACUCAAAUAUCUUGGUUCAUUUCGAUCGUAACUUCCUGAAUAAUGGCCCUUGAUGUUACGAAAAAUCGCUUUUUGUUUAGCUUGUUCUCUAUCCAUCUCUUGCAAAAUGUGGGCGUAUCUUGCCUGGCAGCCGCUGGUUUGAUGUAUUUUUCACAUUUAAACCAUGUUCCUGAUUUAUAUCUGCUAUUUCAAAAUCAUUGAAGUUUGUUUUAUUUACGAAUCAUUUAUUUGUUGAAAGUGAUGUAUAAACGCGUGCAUUAUUAACACAAAUUGAAUUAUGCGCCAGCAUAUUUUUAUGGGCUUCAUUUAUCAUUUUAUUACUCUUAGCUUCCAUUACUCAUAUUAAAACAGUAAGUCUUGAAAUAGAAAUACUAUUUUGAAACGAUUAGGACUCUCUGAUUUUAAUCAAAAAUAAAAUUGUCGAUUUCAUGUAUUUCAAACAUAUUUUCUUUUCAUCACUGGUAGUCAGUUAAGGCAAACCAGUAUAAGUAUAGGUAGAUUAAAACAUGUAACACAGUCCACAUUUUAUCGAAGGCUGUUCAAAUAAUAUCUCUAAUACAGUGGUUCUCAACCUUUUUUUGCCAGCGGCACGGCACGGCACACCUUGGAACACAUGAAAAAAUAGCGGCACACCUGGCUAAAUAUAUAUGAAAAAUAUCCGAAUUUUUCAAAAUAAAAACAUUUUAAGUCAGACGGAAUACAACCGUACACA